AUAUUUUGCGGUGUCAGUUUUAAAGAAGAAAAAACAGACGAACAGACAGCAAUCCAUUAAUUAUUACUUCAUUAAAAUGUCAAACAUAAUUGAUGGGUUAUAAAUUGCUCAACAAUACUGCUAUUUCAGUAAAAUAAUAACUAAUUCAUUCAGUAUUAGAUUAUCAGUAUUAUUACGAUGUAUGUUAAUGUAUGUAACUGGGGGACUGUAUUGUAAAAUGUUAAUAAACUAUGUUAACUGAUAUUUCGAUUAACAAAUCCAACAUAUUGCAUAAGAAAUAUAUCCAUUUUUAUGGGAUAAAAUCAUUUUAUGCAAAUAUUGCAAUGGUUCCUCGUUUUUCGAGUAUAAGUGAUAAGUGGUUCCGACAUAACAAACAGUGACGACCAGAUAUAACAAGUAGUGUUCAAUCGAGAAGACAUAUCAGUGGCGAUAGGGUGAAAAAAGGACCAAAACAAUCAGCAUACAGAAUUGUCGUCGGCGUCCUUGAACGAUAUUAGUUGUAAAUUUUUCGUAUAUUAUUUUCUAUUACCAUGCUGAUUCAUACAGAAAUAGAAAAUGGCUUUCUCUUCCGAUUAAUUGCAGUUGCUAUUUCAACGACAACAGCAGUGUUUCAAACGAAACAGUAACAAUCAUAUAUGAUCCACCCAUCGGUCCAAGAAUGUCCAUUUCAGAAACAUGUUCUGCUGUUGGUUCGAAUCCCAUUAUCGCAGAAAUACAACUUACAAGCAGUGAGUUGUCUAGCUCACAAAAAGACGGGGUUUUGUUAAAUGCUCAUGAAAUUGUUGCAGUACCCACACACGAAGAAACAGAAAAUGAAUCAAGCAGCAUAAUGAAGACAUUUGAAUCAUAUGGAUUUCAUCAUUUUACGACAAAAGUUUCUGAUGAAUAUACAUACCGGGAUUCUCUAGUUGUUUUACUAGAUAUGAGUUAUCUUAAUGAAUCAUAUGUUUUUGAUCAAAUUUCUUACAAAAAUGAGAAAAAAUAUGUUGAAUGUAUCAAAUGAUGAUCAAGAACCUAAUGAAAUUUUGAUAGAUGCUGAUUAUCCUAGCGAUCCACCAUCUACUAAUGAGAUUUUCAAUAAAUUUGAUGAAAAUGUUUCAGAAGGAUCAAACCCCAAUGACCUCGUAUCAAGUGUCAUUCAUCCCUAUUAUCAAGUCAGUUCUAGUCGACUUUCUAUCCAGUCAACAAUAUUGAAAACUGUUGAAACAUAGUCAGUCAUUAUAUGGAAUGAUAAGCUGAACAAAUAAAUCUUUUUAUCAGACAUGAUCAACAAGUAUGUGAAUAUUCAACAUUAUCCAAUGACCUGAUCUAUUUGAAUUCAAUUUCAUAGUAAGAAAAUGUACAAUUCUAAAUGAUAAUCAAUUUAUUACCUUGAAAAACAAAAGAAGAUAAUAAUAAUAAUAAAACAAAGGAAUGAUCAAGUUUAAUAAUUCAAUACACAUUUAUCCCAUUCUGGUAAUUCAGACAUUGUUUUAUGAUCAAAUUUUAUAUAAAAUGUGUAAAUUAUGUGAUUGUUUACUUUUUUCGUUUUAAAAAGUGUUUCAGUUUGAUUGAUUAUCUUUGUAUCUAAGGUAUCUGUAUAGAUUGUUAUCUCCAAGACUUUUUUAAAUUUGGGAAUCGUGAAAAUAUGUUUGAUUAUCCUGGUAACCUUUUUUUUAAUUUGCAAGGAAUCUAAAGCUUAAUAUUGUUAAACAUAAUGAAUUCCAUAAAUGUGUACUAUUAUUUUGAUUUAACAUUUUGUAAUACAUUCCAGAUACUGUAGUAAUUUACCACAUAGACUUUAAAUAAAUAAAAAACUAUGAAUUAAUUUUGAUACUUAUGGAAUUUUGUAUGUAUAAGCGAAAAAGCAGUUAGAAGUGGUCGAAUUAAGACAGCACCAUCCUGAUGAAAUCACUAACGGUUGUUUUUCAACGAUUUGUGGAAUCAUGGAAUUCCUUCAUGGGUUUUACUUUCCAGUUAAGGGUGUUCAGAGACAAAGUUUGAAAAUCGGUCUUGGUGAUUUUUUCCUUAAAUCGUAUAGUCAGUUCAUAUUUUCUCAUCCUAGACAAUCCCAUUCAUCCUUUUGUGAACAUAAUUAUUAUAUUUGAUUUUGCAUUGCAUUUGUUCUUAUUAUUCCAACUUUAUCAUGUAUGCUUUUCUUGAUUUUCUCUCCUGGAAUAUGUUAGUGUUGGGGAGAUCCAGAAAACUCCUCAAAAACAACCAAGAAAGGCUCUAAAAACACUGGGAAGCAUUUUAUCCUAUCAGCGUUCACUAAAAGUUUUGCCAGAAACAUCCAGAAGUUGGAAAGUCACAUUUCGAGUUUCUGAUUGGCUGAUUACUACACUGCUACUAUGUUUAGUAGCAUUCUAGAAUUUUCGGGAAAACCCAAGGAGAUCUAAAAUACUAUAAAAACCCUAUAUUUUCUGUACAUAAACGAACGUUUGGAGUAAAGUAUUUCUUACUUGCUUUUCUCCUUUUCUCUCUUGUUCAAGUCUCCGUGUAGUUCUAGCUUGGGGUUUACUAGAAGAGCUUAGGAACCGAAUAUAGCGUUCAAUUAGCAAGACUUAUCAGUCAUCUUGGAAACUCGGAUAAUAUUUUACCUUGUAAGAUAACAUUUUUUGUCUCAAUAGGUUGUUUUGUUAUCAAGGUGAUCUAUUCUUCUCACUUCGCUUACCAAAUUUCUAGUAGCAGGUUAUUAAACCUAUAUUGUAUUUAGAAUAUAUUGUAAUCGGACAAAAUAUAACUGGCAUAAAUAUGUCAACAUGGGAAAAUAAAGCCAUCAACCCCAUUCAUAUAUGAAUAAAAUAUAAAGGUAUAUUAAUCAGUUUACUGAUUAACUGAGAAAUGGAAGUCUUUAGUAUUGUUUUCGGAUUUCACCAAAACUGGUUUUCCCCACAUACUUAGUAACGAAUAAGGUGAAAUCAUAAAUGUAGAGAGUAAUCGUUUGCUUGUGAGCAUUCAUGUAUAAGCGAAAAGAUCUAUACCAUAGUAGCUAGCUAGGCGACUUUGGAUGCCAGUGUUCGUUUUUACACCAAGACUCGUAACCAGUAUAUUUCGCUUCAAAUGAAUAACGUGUUAUAUUCAUGGUGUGCAAAUAUUUUAAUAAAAAGACUGAUUGGAAUCCCGUUACGAUUGUCAGCAAAGCGAUAACUGAAAUCUUUUCUAAUCAUGAUAUAAAUAUCAUGUCUGAGUGGCUUUCUAGAUUCAGUAGCUGAAUGAUUAACGUGUUAGGCUUUUGAAGCUAAAGGUGCUAGGUUCAAUUCAUGAUGUUAGUAUCGACAUUGGAUGUACGUGCACCUAACCCGGUUCGGUCGAAACGCGAGUCCUGGCUAUCCCUACCAGCCACGAAUUUAUCUAUUCUAUGAAAGUUUCUGAAAAAUGGAAGUAUCGAGACAGUCUGCACAAGAUUCAUACAUGCUAAUAGAGAUUAGUUGAAAUUCUGUCAACAUCAUACGAGCGAUUCUAGAACUACAUUUUAGUUCCCGUGAUGUAAUGUAUACUAAAUUCUUAGUUUCACUGAAUAAUUGUUAAAAUACCAAUCAUUAGAAUUUCGUAAACGUCUUUAAAGUAUAUAGAAUGUUGAAAAUUCGAGGGUGAACUCUAUGCAAGAUAGCCAAUUAGUCAUCUGUAAUGUUGAAGGUCAAGAUGAUAAGUUAAGGAUACUUCUAUGAAUGGGUUUUCAAAAGACAAUUCAAAUGAUCAACAUACAGAGAGUAUUCAAUGUUAACUUGAUUGAAUUUGAAAUUUAUGUUAAAUAAUUCUUAUUUUAGCCAACAGACGUUCCAAAUUGAUUUAUCAUAUUUUCAUUCAUCAAAACUAUUUACAUUUGUCCAUGCAAAGGUAUACAUUAAUUCAUACUAAAGGCGAAACUAUAAUUUAUGGACGAACCAAUCGGAUGUAAGAUAACAGGUUUUGGAUUGUGGCGCAAAAUUCAUUUGGUUAAAUUGAGUUUCGGCAUUAUAGCUGAUGUUAGUUCUUGAUGAAAACAUUAAAUCUAAUUCCUAACCCUAGCCAUCUUAAUUCUAAUUCCUCAUACUGGUUUAUAACCCUCAUUUAGCACUAGUUAAUAGGUGGACGUAACUUCACCCGGAGUCCCUCCGGGGGCUACUUCCGGUCCCAAGCCCGGAUAAAGGAGGAGGGUUGGGCAUGGGGUUAGCGUCCCCAUCCCGUAGAAAACUAACUCGCCAAAAAACGCUAACAUCUGGCCCUUCUAUCCCAAACGCAACAACAAAUGCAGGAGAAGACGACCAGUGUAGCAGCAGCCUCAGCAGCAGUAGGUCUCAACAUACAUAAAGGGAAAAGCUAAAUUCUCCGAUACAACACAACAUGCAACAACCGAGUCACAAUUGACGUAGAAGAUAUGGAAGAUGUAAAAACCUUUACAUAUUUGGGCAGCAUCAUUGAUGAACAGGGUGGAUCUGUUGCAGAUGUGAAAGCGCGGAUCGGUAAAGCAAGAGCAGUAUAUUUACAACUGGAGAAUAUACGGAACUCAAAGCACCUGUCUGUCAACCAACGCCAAUGUCAGAAUUUUCAAUAAAAAUGUCAAAACAGUUCUACUGUGUGGGGAGGAAACUUGGAGAACAACGAAAGCCAUCAUCUAGAAGAUACAAGUGUUUAUUAACAGUUGUCUACGCAAAAUACUUCGGAUCCGUUGACCAAACACUAUCAGCAACAACCUACUAUGCGAGAGAACAAACCAGAUCACAGCAGAGGAAGAAAUCAGGAGGAAGUUCUGGAAGUGGAUGAGACGCACAUUGAGAAAAGCACACAACUGCGUUACAAUGUAAGCUCUCACAUGGAAUCCCGAAGGCCAAAAGAGAAGAGGAAGACCAAAGAACACAUUAGGUCGAGAAAUAAAGACAGACAUAAGAAAGACGAACAAAAAUUGGAUAGAAAUAGAUAAGAAGGCCCAUGACUGAGUUGGUUGGAGAAUGCUAGUCGCCAGCCUAUGCUCCAUUGGGAGUAACAGGCGUAAGUAAGUAAGUAAGUAAGUAAGUAAGUAAGUAAGUAAGUAAUAGGUGGACGUGCUCAUGGCUUCAAAGGUCGUCCAUAAAUUAUAAUCCCACCUUAUAUUUUUGUUUUUUUUUUAUCCUGAGAAAUUUUAUGAGCUCAACAAAAGAUAGUUUAGCAAUUUGUGAUUAUGCAAUUAAGUGAAUAUUACAUUUUUGAGUAGACAUUCAUGUAAAAGUCAAAAACUAACCUCAUUGAAUUCAUGGUUAGAACAUAUAAAUGUAACGA